GAACUGUGUGUUAACCUCAUAUUUGCAUCCCUUUACAGUUUUCUUCUCAAACGACAUGGCCUUAUCAUCUACAGUUUCAAAUACUUUCAUAUUUUUAAGCAGCUUCUGUAGCCUAAUAAGUCAUCACGUGGUAUCAGCAACUUCCUACUGCUAUUAUACAGCGGCUUCGGGGUAUAGAUGUUAUUAUUCUUACAGUAACUAUGAUGGCUCUACUACUGGUGCUGUCAUUGGAGGUGUCAUUGGUUGUGUAGUUUGCAUUGGUAUCAUAAUAUUUUGUGUAGCAGUCGUCUGCAAAAAAUGCAAACCGGCUCCACGUAGAGCUACUGUUACUAAUGUACGGCCAAUAGGGACGACAACUACUGCUACAAGUGUAAAUACAAUGCACACAGCGAAUUAUGGUCAGCCCAUGUUUGUACAGCCCGUGCAUGUCCAAUAUGGGCAACCGGUAUAUGGAGUACCUAUGGGAUAUCCACCACCACAAGGAUUUGGGCAACCACAAGGAUAUGGACAACCACAAGGAUUCGGGCAACCACAAGAUUUCAGUCAACAACCGGGACCUUCUGGAGAAGACGGAAACGCGCCUCCAUUACCUGCAAAAUACUAAUGGAUACUCUGUAGUUUGCUUGUUUUGACAUAAAAAUAUACAUGUCAUCAUUUUUGAAAGAAAGGAAUUCUCACGAAAAAGAUUUAUCAUAAAAUAUAAUUUUAAAAAGAUCUACUAGAAAAUAAUCUUUCUGAAAAUAUUUUUCCAUAGAAUAUUGAAAGAAAAU